AUGACAAUGGACGCACGUAGACGAGACAGAGAGCAAAUUGGGUUAUGUGGUGUUGACAGAAUUUGGGGAAAAUCACCAACGCGAAUCGAAGAGUAAGAAAUUAUAACAUUUCUCUUUAAUUAUCAUAUCAUUAUUUAAUAUUUUUUGUUCAUAUUAAUGCAGAUAAUUUGAAGUAUAUCUCUUUUUUAUAAUCAUAUUUCAUUUGUUCUUAUAAAUUGUAUAAUCGUGUUAAAUAUUAUUCUGUAUUUAAUAUAGUUCUGACGAAGAUGAGGAAAUUAACAGAUACCAAAGUAGCAUCAUACCAAAAGAUAGAAAAAGGAAACAAGAGAUGAAGAAAAAAGUAUAAACACAAUUUUUUCACUCCUUUAUUAAAUUUUGUAUAUAUGAAAAUUAUUUUCUUUGUAACAUGAUUUCUGACAGUCUUUUCUUAUGUGUUGUUACAAAUAUAUUUCAUCAUUAUUUUAGAAAAGUAAGAAGCUAAAGAAAGAAAAGAAAUCCAAGAAGGAAAAAAAGAAGAAACGCAAAAAGAAAAAGAAAAAAUCAGAAAGUAGCUCUGAUAGUGAACCUGAAGAACUAGAAUGGGUAGAAAAGAAUGGAGUUAAUGACAGAGCGAAGGUUAAGAAAGGAUCAAGUUCAGAUGAAAGUGGAGAUGAAGUAGUAGGACCAGUUCAAAAACCACAUGUGACAUUAUCUGCUAAAGAUUUUGGCAAGGCUCUUUUACCUGGUGAAGGUGCUGCUAUGGCUGCAUAUGUUGCAGAAGGAAAACGUAUACCGAGAAGAGGUGAAAUUGGAUUAACUUCAGAAGAGAUUGCUUCAUAUGAAUCUGUUGGUUAUGUUAUGAGUGGCAGCAGACACCGACGAAUGGAAGCUGUUCGUAUUCGUAAGGAAAACCAGAUUUAUUCUGCUGAUGAAAAACGAGCAUUGGCUAUGUUUAGUAAAGAAGAACGACAAAAGAGAGAAAAUCUUAUUUUGGGACAAUUCAGAGAGAUGGUUAAUCAAAAGUUAGCACAGGAACAGAAGAAAAAGUAAUAUAAUUAUUUCAUAUUGAAAGAUAAUUUCCACUUUGUUUGAUGUAACAGAACAUUGUAUAUAAGAACUUUGAAUGCAUUAUAAAAUAUUUUCUGUAUGUGUAUAUACAUGUAUACAUACAUUAAAAUACAUGUAAAUAUGUUAUUGAGGCUCGAAUUAAAAAAUUUUGAUGAUUGGUAACAAUUUAUUAAUGAACAUAUUUAUACAUAUAAAAAAUUAUAAUAAUGUAUAUGUUAGUUUAUACUUUCUGAUUGCUUUCCCAAUCUAGCCAUCCUCCAACAUAGUUAUAUGCACUAAAAUAUAAACAAGUAUGUUUUAUUAGCUUUAUUAUAAAUUAUAUGUAAAUAAUUAAUAUACUUUUUAUAUCCAAGUUUUUUGAUUUCUUCUUGAACCAUGCCACUUCUUUUUCCAGAUCUACAGCUCAAUAUGAUUUUUGUAUUUUUGGAAGGUUUUUCCUUAUUAAAUUUUUCUUUAAAAUCCUUCUUGGAAAGAUUCAACAAUGUAUUUGUAACAUCUCCCACUGUGAUAAUCGAAUUCAAUAAUAACUAUCUAAUGUUUUAAAGAACGGUUUCAAUAAUAUUAGAACAUACUUGGUACGUGAAUACUUCCAGGUAGCUUCCCAGUUUCAUCAAUUUCUUCCUUUUCUCUGACAUCAAUAAUUAAAAUACUACUAUCAUUUUGAGCUUUAAGAACAUCAUUAUAAUCAACAGUGAGUGACUUUUUAUUAUCUUCAGACUUCAGAUUUUUAAUAUCAGUAUAAAGAAAUGAUGAAGUUGAAAAUUGUAAAGUUGGUUCUGCUAAAAAACAAUAUGUUUGAUAUAUGAUGUACGUAUGGGAUAAAAUUCUAUAUUUAUAAUAAAACAUUUUAUUUUCAAUUAUAUAUUUGCUUAGAAAAUAACGUAAUCUCAGGAAAAAGAAACUUAAAUUGUGCUUUAUAUCUCCUACAAAUUGUCAAUAAGUAAUUUCACAGAAUCUUUUUUUAGAUUACCAUGAAAAAAUAUCCUAUUUGGAGUGAUUUUCAACAAUUUAUCAUAAAUAAGUGA